AUGAUGAACCUAUACGGGGUCGUUUCCGAUGAUCUCUCACUUGCAAACGGUAUUUUAGCAAAGGAGCAGUAUGGUCCAACAGAUGUUGGUGCUAACUAUUUACAGAGCUUAGGUCAUCAACAAACCUUCUCAUGUGAGGAACUCCCCGAAACUCUCUGCAUGCUUGUCAAUUCGCAGCAAAGCCUCCACAAAGAAGCAGUUGGUAUUGCAAUUGAAUAA